AUGUUUGUUACCAACGACUCUUGUCUCAGCCUCUGCCCGGCAGUUGAUGUGCUGUAUUGCGGAAAACGACAAAGACGCACAUCAGUUGAGUUCGUCUUACGGACGAAACUUUUUUCUUCUUCUCUCGCUCGAAGCGUUCCGAGGUUGUGGCUGUGUUUCCUCCCUUGUGUGACACAUCUUAAUGUUGGUGAUUCACGGUUUGUUUGCGACAGAGUCUUCCUUGACAGAAGAACCCGAGCAACCGGAGGAGACGGUGGCUCUCCGUAUGCGGAAUUAAUGUGUUUGUUUCAAAAGUCGCCGCUUCUAGGGUUCUUCUACGUCGUUCUCAAUCAACAGCAGGUGGCGGCCUGGGCAACGUUAUACUACAUACACUUGGACAAGGCUCUAGGGCAGAUCGAAGCGGCAAAGGAAGGUUUGGUGUGCGGCAUGUGA